AUGGCUGCAAAUGGAUCGUCCCCGGGAUCCAUUCAAGUUGGUAUCGUCGGUGCCGGUGUUGCAGGCCUGGCUGCCGCUAUUGCACUGAGAAGGAUCGGCCACGAUGUCGAGGUUUUUGAGCGUUCGGAAUUCAGAAAUGAGAACGGUGCUGCUGUAUCAAUCCCACCAAACGGUGGUCGAAUUCUGAAACGAUGGGGAUUUGAUUCACAAAAAUCUGGUGGCAUCGAAAACAUCCAGGUCCGUCGACCCAAAGGAGAUACCCUGGAGCCAAUGGCACCAACCCUGAACUUUUCAAAUGUCGAGCAAUUGUAUGGAGAUAAGUGGUAUUUCUACCACCGAGUCGAUAUGCACAAGCAUCUGAGAGAGUUGGCCGAAGCUGCAGGAGCCGUCAUCAGAUUGGGCCAGCGAGUGGACGAUGUCGAGAUUGAGACUGGAAUCAUUCAUUUGAAGGGCGGUGCAACUGUCCAAAAGGAUCUGGUCAUUGUUGCUGAUGGUCAGCAUGAUCGCAUCAAUUCCAAGGUUACAGGUGUCGAGAUUCCAAUGAAGCGAAGUGGACAGACCGCUUAUCGCUGCUUGAUUCCUAUGAAGGAUAUUCUCGCUGAUGAGGAGACCAAAUUCUUCUUCGAGAACCAGCCUCCUGGGUUCUGGGCUCCAGCUCUCCCAGCAAAGGGUGUCAUGGCCGUGACGUACCCUUGCCGAAACAACGAAAUCCUGAACGUGCUUGCUGUCCACCGUAAACUCGGCCAACACGCGGGUUCCAAGGAGGAAGAUAUCGUCAUCGACGACUGGAAUUUCCCGGCCACCCACGAAGAUCUGGAGAAGGUCCUAGAUGGGUUCCACCCAGCCGUGAAGAAGAUGUUCCUCAAGUCACCCGAAGUCAAGGUCUACACCCAGAUGAAACGGGAGCCUCUGAGCAGGAUGACCCGAGGCAAGACAUUGUUGAUCGGCGACGCUUCGCACCCCAUGCUCCUGACGCACGCUCAGGGCGUGUCGUCAUCCAUCGAGGAUGCCGCCGCGUUGGAAGUCUUCCUGGCCGACAUCCCUGCCUCCAAGGGCGUCGCCGAAGGCCCAUCCGACAAGCUUGCCCAACGCCUCGCCGAAUUCGAGGCAUUCCGACUCCCCAGACUCUCCGCCACUCAAAUCCUGACCGAUCCAGUUGUCCCAGGACCACAGGCGGCAGCCAACUACGCGAAACAAGAGGCCGAGAUCCGUAAGUACUACGCGGGUCCUCUACCACCCACGGGCUCCAUGCCCCACAGCCCACCAAUCUGCCAGUUCUUCUUCGCCUACGAUGUCCGCAAGGAGGCCCUCCAGGCGCUCGAGGAGGCCAAGGACUCCCUGCGCCAGCGAGCGACGAGCAUCGCGACCGUCAUGGCUUCGGUCCCAGAAGACCAGCUCCCGCCUGUCAAGAACGUGAACGGCCAACCACAGACUCCUGUCGUCGAGUCCAGUGCCGAGAGAAAGAGAGUGUCGUUGCUAGAGAAAAAAGUCAACGAUCUCGAGAGCAAGCUUGCCGCUUUGAUGUCCAAGGUGGAGGGUGGCUCUUCUUGA